UUUAAUAGACCAUUUUUUUCAGACGGAAUUGUUUUUCCGGAUCAGUCGAGUUCAAGCUCGAGUUGUGAUUCAUUUUCAAUAGGUAUGAAUUUGGACUCAUACAAUGCAGCCCUAAGUAAUGGAAUACAAUAUCCAAGUGCAUGUCCAUGCACUUAUCCAUGUAGCAUUUCAAAUGUCUGGCAAUUCAUUCGAUUUUAUUACAUCAGAGCUGGAAGUUCAUAUUUUUAUCUUCUUGAUGUGAACAGCCCCAGUACAUUUACAUCGACAGAUCGCCAAGGAAAAAUCAAAUUCCUACUUCAUGAUUUUGCAGAUAGAGUACAAUUCAAUGGCUCCGGAUGGAUGGAACCAGUGGGAAAACAACUUGCAAAUGCAAUUGAUGGCCUCGUAAUUUUAGUUGAUUAUGGAACAUUAAGCAGCUGUACGUAUUCUCGAGUUGUAUCGGAAAUCGUUCCAUCGAUCGGAUAUUAUUUGGCACAAUUUAUUUCGAAUUUUUAUCUUAAUGUUAGUCAAAUUGAAUUGAUUGGUUUUGGACUCGGUGCUCAUAUUUCCGGUUACACGGGUUGUGCUUUAAAUGGCGCCAUCAAUCGCAUAACAGGGCUAGAUCCAACCGCGGAUAAUUUCAAUGGAGGCGGUUUAAAUAAAACGUGCGCCUCAUUUGUGCAAGUAUUACACACAGAUACACAAAAAUAUGGAACCCAAAGUUUACUCGGACAUGCAGACUUUUAUGCAAGCAGAUAUAGUAAUAACCAACCUGGAUGCACGCAUAAUUUUUGUGACCAUACCAAAGCAAUCUAUUACUAUUUUGCUUCAACGUUUUCGCAAUAUGGAUUUAUUGGGAAUGAUUGUGAUCAAGUAUGCUCCUUCUCGAGUUGUACAAGUCGCUUUGGUCUGUAUAAUGACGGCAAAAGUGGUGAUUUCUGCUUUGGUGUGGCCACUUGUUUUCCAUAUGCUCUUCAAACAAUUACCACAAGCACAACAUGUCCAUAUCCAUUUUCAUAUCCAUUACUUCCAUCAUACCCUCUUCCACCACCAAUCGCACCACCAAUUCCACCAAGACGAAAGAAACGAAAACCACAUCGCAGAAAACCAACACCAUGCCCUCGUCGGUGCCGAAGCAAAUACAGACGACAUUGUGAAUGUUAUUCCAAAAGAUAAUUUAAAUAGAAUACACAUUAGAACAAUUUCAGUUCCGAGCAACAUCUCCGAGGCAUAUUUUGAAUUCUCGAUGCAUGUAUUUUUAAAAUUGUAUAUUGAUUCUUUUUAACUAAAGAUAAUCAGUAAAUCAUUCUUUAUUACGAUGUAUACCAGAGGUUACAAACGGGAAAAAAUCUUGAACAAAACUGGCGACUACGGUUUUUUUAUAAUCGUCGAUCUUAUAAAGUAUGAUUCUAGUACGAAGAAUUUUAAAUAAUCAUAAAUGUAUUUGAAAUAAAGUGCUUUUAGUCUGUA